AUGACAAAAGGGUGCUAUACAUGUCGACGCCGUCGCAUUAUCUGCGACAAUGGCCAGCCCACCUGUCGAAAAUGCCGAGAUGCGGGGAAAGAAUGUCUGGGCUACCAAAAACCAUUGGUAUGGGUCAAGGGUGGGGUUGCUAGUCGAGGCAAAAUGAUGGGUCGCAGUUUCGAUGAGAUGAAGAAGUCCUCUGGGAAGGAUAAACACCAGAAUCAAGCAGUAGCAAUGGCACAAACAUUCGAACCAGAUGUAUCCCAUAUCAACUCGGGAUUCUUUCCUAUACCUGAAUCCUCGUCUGAUACAGAUUCAUCUCCAAAUUCGGGGCCCCAGGCCAGUGCGGAGACAUAUUGGACACAGGAGGUUCUAGAUACAAGAGACUUUGAGGAAUAUUUUGGUUCUUUUGACGAGGCAGACUUUAUUGCUUCAAAUUUACUAAAUGAGCGGGAAAAUGCCAUGGUUCAUGUCCCACGAAGUACACCGAUGGAGUAUAUUCCAGCGCCAUGGGGAUUGGUUGAUCCAUUGCUGAAAGAUUUUAAUCACACUUCAAGAUUCUAUCUUAACCACUAUAACGAGUACAUGACGAACGAUUUCCUGAUUUACCCCCAGCUCAAGAACCCAUGGCGAGAUAUUAUCUCGCUAGUUGGUCACUCGCCGCUUCUAGCGCACGCAAUAUUGGCUAUAGGAGCCUUGCACUACUCGCUCGUAUCGAAUUCCGACUCCUCGAUGAUGCCUUGGUCAUCCCAUAAUCCCUUGAGUAUCGACGCUCCUUUGGCACCCGAGGAUAUCGAAAACAUGAUCACCCCAACAAGUUCUCGCCAAACGACUUCAAAAGCCUACCACCAUUUCUUGGAAUUCAAGCAGCGUACACUCCAUCAGCUAUCCAAGGCCCUAUCGAACCCUGCUACGCAAAAAGACGAUAUUACUUUGGCAGCUAUUGUCGUCCUUGCUCUUUUGGAUUUAUUCGAGUCUGGCAGCGGGGCAUGGAGCUAUCAUAUUGAAGGCGCGAAGAAACUAUUACGAAGUCGACCCGAGAACACCCUCGGUCAAGGCAUUGUCCAGGGACUUGAGGCAGUUGCCAUAGAUGGGUGCUUAAUCAUGGAGAUCAUGGGAUCCACGCUCGCACGUCCUGGGGCUCUCUCCAAGCCAUUUUACCCUCAAACCAUGGGACCAGCUAUGCUCAAACGUCUCGAGGAAACGUCCUGGGUUGGCUGUCCGGCCUACCUUCUCGAAGUGAUUUUCUUCGUCCACACACUAUGGUAUCCUGACUCUGAGCUCGCAGCCGCAGCUCCUAGACCCACAACUUUGGGAAUCUCCAUGCAACAAGGCCAACCACUCUCCCGAGAAUCAUAUGCUCAACUUCUCCAAGGAAUCCGAAGUUUCGACCCUGUCUCCUGGGCUCGAGAAAUGCAAACAUAUUUCUUCCUUGAUGAUCUCUCCCCACGCAUCGCCCUAGCUAGUGCUUACCAAGCCGCCGUUUACCUCUAUACUAGUCGUGUCCUCUCAAGAGCCCGAGAAGGAUACUCACCUCCGUGGACCGACACUAAUCUUCCCUCAGACCACUCCCAGGCCUCUCACGAUCUUAUAACCCGUAUUUGCUCUGUUCCUACCUCAGACCCCCAUUUCAAGUGUCUCAUAUGGCCGACUUUCAUUGCCGGUGCCGAAUGUCGACGUUUAGAGCAGCGUUCGCUUGUUCUUGAGAAGCUCGGCUUCCUCUAUCAAGCCGUUGCGAGUGUCAAUGUCCGCAAUGCGGCAUGGGUUCUUCGACUUAUGUGGCAGAAACAGGAUCUAAAGCGCCGAGAACGUGAAAAUGUGCCUAUUGGCCUUGUCGAUGGACUUCUACCGAGGGGAGCUUUCGAUCAAGAGCUUAAUGAUGACGAUACGUUUGAUUCCUCUUUUGAUUGGGUGGAUGAGCUGGACGCAUCUCGCCUUGACUGGCUAUUCAUUUGA